AGCAGUGUACAUCCGCCUCAUUUCGAACUGGUGCUGGAUGGUGGCCGCGAGCGUUUUGAGGUUGAUCGUGGUGCAAAGAAUCUCUGGCGAACAAUCCUGCUUUUCAUUCAGCACAUUCGUCUCUUCAACAAUUGUCAACUUGGUAAUAUAAGAAUAGAUCACGUGGGCAUCAACCUUGCAUGUGUUCUUGAAUAA